AUGAAGCAAGUCCACAAUCCCGGCCAGUGGCUAAUAACGCGCGUCAACUUCCCCGUCGGGGAGCCCGCGAGCGACGGCAAGUCGACUACCGUUUUGAAAACUCCGUUGCAGCUAGCCGCCAUCCACGGCCGUGUCGAGAUAGCACGCUGGCUCGCCGACUCAACGGAACACAUCAAUGCGGGCUUCCAACUGGCGACCGAAACUCACGAGUUGGAAGACUGCCACCUUGGGGAAUGCCAGUACGUGGAUUCGAAAUCAUUCUGCCUGGACCGCCCAUGUCGCACUGCUCUUCACUUCGCCAUCGAAAAAGACAACGUCGAGAUUGCCCGCAUCCUUCUCCAGGAGGGCGCCAGUCUCCGGACCGGAAAUCCCUCCCCGCUGUGCUACGCCGUCCGCCUGGGCCGGGACAAGAUUGUCCGUCUCAUGCUGGGCAUGCCGGACGAGAACAAGAACGGCAACAGGUCCACUCCGGGAUUCUGGGCGACGUCGGCCAAGGACAUGCUUGCGCGCCCCAGCCUGCCCGAGAUCCACGGCUCCCUCACCUUAGUCGGCGAAGCAUGCCGGAUCGAAGCGGAGCGACGUGCCGCCACCAUGCUCGAUCUGCUAGCAGAAGCCGCCAUCUCCAUCGGAGAAAGAACCCGCCGGACGCUCUUCAACGGCGGCAUCAGAUUCAACUAG